AUAAGGAGCAAGCUAUUUAGAAUGGAGACGAGGAAACACUUUUUCGCACAGAGAGUGAUGAGUCUGUGGAAUUCUCUGUCUCAGAGGGUGGUGGAGGCAGGUUCUCUGGAGGCUUUCAAGAGAGAGAUAGAUAGGGCUCUUAAAAAUAGCGGAGUCGGGGGAUAUGGGGAGAAGGCAGGAACGGGGUACUGAUUGGGGAUGAUCAGCCAUGAUCACAUUGAAUGGCGGUGCUGGCUCGAAGGGCUGAAUGGCCUACUCCUGCACCUAUUUGAUAAAAGGGUUUGAGUAUAAGAGCAGGGAGGUUCUACUGCAGUUGUACAUGGUUUUGGUGAGACCACACCUGGAGUAUUGCACACAGUUUUGGUCUCCUAAUCUGAGGAAAGACAUUCUUGCCAUAGAAUGUACAGAGAAUGUUCACCAGACUGAUUUCUGGGAUGUCAGGACUUUCAUAUGAAGAAAGACUGGAUAGACUCGGCUUGAACUCGCUAGAAUUUAGAAGAUUGAGGGGGGGAUAUUAUAGAAACUUACAAAAUUCUUAAAGGGUUUGACAGGCUAGAUGCAGGAAGAUUGUUCCCGAUGUUGGGGAAGUCCAGAACAAGGGGUCACAGUUUAAUGAUAAGGGGGAAAUCUUUUAGGACUGAGAUGAGAAAAACAUUUUUUUUUUCACACACAGAGAGUGGUCAAUCUGGAAUUCUCUGCCACAGUUGAGGCUAGUUCAUUGGCUAUAUAUAAGAGGGAGGUAGAUGUGCCCCUUGUGGCUAAAGGGAUCAGGGGGUAUGGAGAGAAGGCAGGUACAGGAUACUGAGUUGGAUGAUCAGCCAUGAUCAUAUUGAAUGGCGGUGCAGGCUCGAAGGGCCGAGUGGCCUCUACUCCUGCACCUAUUUUCUAUGUUUCUAUUGUCUAUUGUUACUAAUGUCCUGUUUGCCAGCUUGUUGACCCUCUGUGUUCCCCUCCUGCAGGGUUUAGCUGUUGCUGUGGACGGAGAGACAGGGACGUGAGCGGCCUUUGAGGGCGGCCAGUAUGCCAGUGAGCCACCCCCCCAUCUGCUCGGUGUGCGGGCUGAGCUUCAAGGGACUGAGCUUUGGUGGAGGUAAACAUGACGGGGUGCAACAAGAAGAAGCGUUAUAAGUGCGAUGUGUGUGGCAAGGCCUGGCAGUUCCCGAGCGACCUGGAUACCCACCGGCGGGUGCACACGGGAGAACGCCCCUUCAGCUGCACGGACUGCGGCAAGAGGUUCAAUACGGCGCGGGACCUGACGGUCCACCGGCGGGUGCACACGGGCGAGAGGCCCUACGGCUGCUCCACCUGCGGCAAGAGCUUCACCUGUUUGUCGGGGCUGCGGCGGCACGGGCGGGUGCACAGCAGCGAGCGGCCCUUCACCUGCUCCGACUGCGGCAAAGGCUUCAAGUCGCCCACGGAACUGAAGGAGCACAGGCGCGUGCACACCGGGGAGCGGCCCUACAUCUGCAGCGACUGCGGCAAGGGUUUCAGCCGCUCCAGCAACCUACUGAAGCACCAGCGCAGCACCCACACCGGCGAGCGCCCCUUCACCUGCGCCCAGUGCGGCAAGGGCUUCACCCGCUCCGACAGCCUGCAGUCCCACCAGCAGGUGCACUCCGGCGAGAGGCCCUUUGUCUGCUGCGACUGUGGCCAGGACUUCAAGGCGGAGAAAGAGCUGAAGAUCCACCAGCGGGUGCACACGGGCGAGAAGCCCUAUGGCUGCUCCACCUGCGGCAAGAGCUUCGCCCGGUCGUGGGAGCUGCGGCAGCACCAGCGGGUGCACAGCAGUGAGCGGCCCUUCUCCUGCUCCGACUGCGGCAAGCGCUUCAAGUCGCCCAAGCAGCUGAAGGAGCACAGGUGGCUGCACACGGGGGAGCACCCCUACACCUGCAGCGAAUGCGGCAAGGGUUUCAGCCGCUCCUACAGCCUGCUGCUGCACCGGCACGCUCACACCGGCGAAGACCCCUACACCUGCGCCCAGUGCGGCAAGGGCUUCACCUGCUCCAGCAGCCUGCUGCAGCACAUGCACACCCACACCGGCGAGUGGCCCUUCACCUGCGCCCAGUGCGGCAAGGGCUUCAUCCGCUCCAGCAGCAUGCUGUACCACCAGCGCGUCCACACCGGCGAGCGCCCCUACACCUGCGCCCAGUGCGGCAAGGGCUUCACCCGGUCCGGCAGCCUGCUGUACCACCAGCGCACCCACACCGGCGAGCGCCCCUUCACCUGCGCCCAGUGCGGCAAGGGCUUCGCCCGCUCCACCCAGCUGCUGUGCCACCAGCGGGUGCACAACGUCGACUGUCCCAUCCCCAGCCCGGUGUGUGAAGAGCACCUGGCCUCCCAUGCCCUGUCUCAUCAGCCUGUGCACACCAGUGGCCAGCCCUACGACUGCCCGGACUGUGGUGAGGCGUUUUACAGCUCACGGGGGUUGCGGCAUCACCGGCGGGCCCACGCCAGCGAGCAGCUGCUCCCACUGCGGCAAGCGUUUCAAGAGAGCACGGGGGCUGCGGGACCACCAGCGGAUACACACACCGUGAUGGAGAAGUCCUUCUUUCAGAUUCUCAGAUUCAGAUUCAACUUGAAUUGUCAUUGUCAGUGUACAGUACAGAGCCAACGAAAUGCAGUUAUCAUCUCCCUGGAAGAUCGACAUAAAAUAUGAGCAAGAAAGAAAUCUAUUUACAUGCAUACAGUCAUAGUGUUUUUCCUGGUGGGAGGAGUGUCCGGGGGGAGGGGGGGGGCGGUGUGAUUGGCAGUCACCGAGGUACAGUGUUGAGUAGUGUGACAGCCGCAGGGAACAAGCUGUUCCUGGACCUGCUGAUCCGGCAACGGAGAGACCUGUAGCGUCUCCCGGAUGGUAGGAGGGUAAACAGUCCAUGGUUGGGCUGAGAGCAGUCCUUGGCGAUGUUGAGCGCCCUCUGCAGACAACGCUUGCUUUGGACAGACUCAAUGGAGGGGAGUGAGUGAGGAACCGGUGAUGCGUUGGGCAAUUUUCACCACCCUCUGCAGUGCUUUCUGGUCGGAGACAGAGCAGUUGCCAUACCAUACUGUGAUGCAGUUGGUAAGGAUGCUCUCGAUGGUGCAGCGGUAGAAGUUCAACAGAAUCUGAGGAGACAGAUGGACCUUCUUCAGUCUACUCAGGAAGAAGAGACGCUGGUGAGCCUUCUUGACCAGAGUUGAGGUCUUGUGGGUCCAAGACUGGUCAUCGGAGUUGUUGACCCCCAGGAACCUGAAGCUGGAAACACGUUUGAUAGAAAUAUUCAUUCCUAUAUUUAUCAGGACUGUACCUUUAAUUAAUGAUUUUAAGAUGUUAGCAUGUAAUAAAAACAAGCUUUUAACCAUAUAACCAUAUAACAAUUACAGCACGGGAACAGGCCAUCUCGGCCCUACAAGUCCGUGCCGAACAAUUUUUUUUUCCCCUUAGUCCCACCUGCCUGCACUCAUACCAUAACCCUCCAUUCCCUUCUCAUCCAUAUGCCUAUCCAAUUUAUUUUUAAAUGAUACCAAUGAACCUGCCUCCACCACUUCCACAGGAAGCUCAUUCCACACCGCUACCACUCUCUGAGUACAGAAGUUCCCCCUCAUAUUACCCCUAAACUUCUGUCCCUUAAUUCUGAAGUCAUGUCCUCUUGUUUGAAUCUUCCCUAUUCUCAAAGGGAAAAGCUUGUCCACAUCAACUCUGUCUAUCCCUCUCAUCAUUUUAAAGACCUCUAUCAGGUCCCAAUUACUUUUGCAGUAAUCCGGCAGAAUGGAUCACAAAUCGGCCUUGCAGUAGCUGAGAAAACAUAGAUAAGAACUGUUCCCAUCCUUAUGACACUCCAUGAUAAUGCUAUCAUCCUGUAUAUGUGUUUCCAAACAAUAAGGUCUUAUUUUUUACUUUGGCAGGUGGUCUCCUCCCUAUAAACUCCCUGCCUCCCUAACCUUCAUUCAUAUAAUGGAAAAUUACUAACCAUGUGCUUAUGGUUGUUGUAUUAGUAUAAAGAUGUGUGAAUUCUCUGUAUUGUCAGUCAGAAAUAGCACCGGCAUUUGCUUGGGUCUUUCUCUCACCAUGGUGACAAGUAAAGCUAUUGCAGAGAU